GACCUCAGUGUCGCGAAAGUGCUUUUACUGUCCCGCUGCUACCCUGAAGCAGACAGCUGACUGGAGCAAACGGGAGCCCUCUCUCUGCAACAGGAAACACCGUAUUCAUUCAUACUCAGCCUCAGCCAUGAAGAAAAACAAAGGCAAAGCAAACAGUACUGCUGAGAAGGAGUUUGUGUUUGAGUUCAAGGCAGGGAAACACAACUGUGUCCUCAAAGUGCCUCUGCAGUUUCCUGUUCAAGAGGACACCAGUGACCUUCAUGGACGCCUGAUGCUGCUACAUAAAAUACCCUGCUACAUAGAAAAUGAGCUAAAAACCUCCCUUUCCACCUUCAUCGAGAAGGAGACCAUUCUGGAUUAUGACAGAGAGGCAGAGCUGGCCCUACAUAGACUCACAACGGGCGAUGUAGACCUAAACCAGCUUACCAACGCAUGGACCAGGUCUUAUGUGGAGACCACGCUGGAGCAUGCUCGGCCCGAAGAGCCCAGCUGGGAUGAGGACUUUGCCGAUGUUUACCAUGAGCUGAUCCACUCCCCUGCCUCAGAUACCCUUCUCAACCUGGAGCACAACUACUUUGUCAGCAUCUCCGAGCUCAUCAGUGAGAGGGACAUGGAGAUUAAGAAGCUGCAGGAGAGGCAAGCUUCUGAAAUGGACAAAGUGAUGCACGAGCUGGGGAAUACGCUGAGUGACCAGGAUGUAAAUACAGUUGCCUCCCAACACUUCGAUGCACAGCAGGUGUUGGAGAACAAGUGGGCCAGUGAGCUGAAGCAAGUUACCGGUAUUCAGAAGCAGGAGUAUCAGGAGUGGGUCAUCAAACUGCACCAGGACCUGCAGAAAUCCAACAACAGCAGCAAAAUUAAUGAGGAGAUCAAGGUGCAGCCCAGCCAGCUGUCCGAACUUGCAGACUCUGGGGCCAGGAUGUUUGAGGAGCAGCCUCAGCUGGAGGAGAGUUUCACCAUACACUUAGGAGCACAGCUGAAGACGAUGCACAACCUGCGUCUGGUCCGUGCAGACGUGCUGGACUUCUGUAAGCACCGGCGGCACGGCAGCGGCGGAGCAAAGUUAAGGCGGCUACAGACGGCCCUUUCGCUCUACUCCUCCUCACUCUGUGGUCUGGUGUUGUUGGUUGACAACAGGGUGAACUCUUACAGUGGCAUCAAGAGAGACUUUGCCACCGUGGCGAAGGAGUGUACAGACUUCCACUUUCCUUGUCUGGAGGCGCAGCUGGAGGAGGUGCAGCAGGUGUUGCUCUAUGCCAGAGCCCAGCGGAGCAGCAAGCAGAAAGAACAACCUGAGAUUCCAAGGAAUGGAGGUGACGAUAAGAGCAAAAAUGUUGAAAGAAAUCCAUCUAGUAUCUUACCAGGUGAGUUUUACAUCUCGCGGCACUCCAACCUGUCAGAGGUCCACGUUGUCUUCCACCUGUGUGUGGAUGACAACGUGCGCUCAGGGAACAUCACCGCCCGGGACCCCGCCAUCAUGGGCUUGAGAAACAUCCUGAAGGUUUGCUGCACCCACGACGUCACCACCGUCACCGUCCCUCUGCUGCUGGUCCAUGACAUGUCAGAGGAGAUGACCAUACCGUGGUGUCUUAAGAGAGCUGAGCUGGUAUUCAAAUGUGUCAAAGGCUUCAUGAUGGAGAUGGCCUCAUGGGAUGGAGGUAUAUCACGCACAGUCCAGUUUCUAGUGCCAAAGAGUAUCUCAGAUGAGAUGUUCUACCAGUUGAGCAACAUGCUGCCUCAGAUCUUCCGUGUCUCCUCCACCCUAACUCUCACCUCAAAGCACUGAUGGAUAGAGAUGCACCACGCUGCAUCCUCGAGGCAUUCAGACUAACAGAGAAACUUUUAUUUUAACAGCAGUGACAUGUUAUAUUUUGUCUUAUUUUCUUUCUUUCAGGAACUGUAGAUUAAGGGAGUGGAGAUUUGAUGAUGUAGCACGGAAGCACCACUCAUUGACAAGGGGUCAACAUAAUAUGGUGGCAAUAAAGCACUUACAUUAGAGGUGCACAAGUUAUUUUACAUGAGAAGACAUUUUUAUGCAGUCGGUGAGCCAUGUUAUUUUUGCACCUUCUUACACACUAUGAAUACUUCUAGCUGAAAGAAUACUGGAUUAUGUGGCUCACAAAAUCAGCUGCUGCAAUUAUCAUUUCAAGCCUCUCAGCUGCGGUUCUGGUGACAGAGUUUGAGGACUUCACCACAUCAAUGCUGCAGGUAUUCCAGUUUUCCUUUAAAGCUGCAAUGUGUAACUUUACCCAUGUUUAGCUGGAGUUGUUUUAACUUGCUGAUGUGGCGUGAAAAUGCAGAUAAAGUGUGAUAACACGGUGUUGUUUACUAACGUGAUGAAGCUGUAGGGAACCUGCACUGGCAGUAAGGAGAAGGGUUUAACCAAACAAACUGGAUUAAAGGAAUUGUUUCGGACUUUUUUUUAUAUGUGGAUGACGGCUACUGCAAGUAAUACACUGAAUGUAGAUAAAAUACCUCAUACAACCCCACUUCAGAAAACUCAAACUAAUCCCUUUCAGCAUUUAACACCACGCUCAGUGUUUCCACCACAUGUUACCAACAGUUUGUUGAUUUAAUUUUGUUUGAUUUGAUUUUAACAAUGCAGAUCUCAUCUUUAAAUCUAAUGUCUUUAUUUUGAUGUACAGUGUGGGGUCCCUGUCCACAUCAUCUCUGUCAUCUGUUGAAUGUUCAUGUUCACACAGUUCAGCCAUCAUGAGAUUUGUCCUGUCUAAAGCGAUGGGUAAUUGGCUUCAUAUUUGGGGACUGAUUUGUCCAGAGAGCAGUGACAUAAACUUGGCUCUUCUAGUCCUAAAGACGAAUGGCAUUGCUGCUGCAAAGAGCAAUGUGCAGGUGUUUUUUUAUGCUGCAUUGCAGUGAGUUGUACUGAGGGUCACUCCUCGUGCGAGUAUGUGUGCGCAUGUGUUAGGUCCCUCCCCUCUACCUCUGUAACAGCAGGUGGCACUGUUCCUAAAGACAAGGAUGUGAAAAGGGUGACAAGUUGAAAUGAGCUUCUGCUCCCUGUUGAAGUUCAUCAUGUUGACCCCCAUUCAUAUGAGCAAGGGGGAACUGCUCUAAAAAACUAUCUGGUAUCUUUGAUGGUAAAUUGUCAAUAGUGUUUGUCAAAUGUUUGAACACUUAAACUUACUCAGAUGUUUAUUCUGUAUAUGUGCUGUAUCUGUUUACAUUUCUAUGUUUUAAUAAAAAAGUAACACUCACCACAC